CCGCUUACUUUACUCGAGACUGGUGGUGACUGAAGUGCUUACAGAUUUGGAGGUACAGAUUUGGAGGUAUUUGGAUGUAGGUGAGCCGCCUCWUUCGUGCUCUCCGUACCCCCUUCCCACGUCUAUCGCCCGGACGGCCACUGACUGCGGUCGGUGUCCUCCCCGCGGUACCUGAAUCAUGCCUGUCCCCGCUGGAUACCUCCGUAACACCCCCAUGGCCUUCACAUCCUCGGCCUCGCUUAUCCCGGCUCCCCCGAUCAACACCCACCAGCCCGGGGUUGUCGCCUCGCUUCUGUACAGCGGCUCCAAGUUCCGAGGACACCAGAAGAGCAAAGGCAACUCCUACGAUGUCGAGGUUGUUUUGCAGCAUGUGACCAUGGAAGCCUCAUACUUGUGUGGGUACUUGAAGAUCAAAGGGUUGACAGAGGAGUACCCCACUCUGACUACGUUCUUUGCUGGGGAGAUCAUCAGCAGGAAGCGUCCAUUUCUAACCAGGAAGUGGGAUGCAGAUGAGGAUGUGGAUCGCAAGCACUGGGGCAAAUUCCAAGCCUUCUACCAGUAUGCAAAAACGUUUAACUCGGAUGAGUUUGACUAUGAUGAGCUGAAGAACUCUGACUACAUUUUCAUGAGGUGGAAGGAACAGUUCCUGGUCCCUGAUCACACAAUUAAAGACAUCAGUGGUGCUUCCUUUGCUGGUUUCUACUAUAUCUGCUUCCAGAAGUCCACAGCCACCAUUGAGGGGUACUACUACCACAGGAGCUCAGAAUGGUACCAGUCUCUGAACCUCACCCAUGUUCCAGAACACAGUGCAGCCAUCUAUGAGUUCCGGUGACCCAGGAAUUGUGGCUCUGUUGGCUCAGAAGGACUGUAAGGCCUGCAGAAGCUACUGAGGCUGGGGAAGGACUGGGGAGAAGGGAACAUGGAAACUGUUGUUACGAUUACCAAGAGGACGAAGUACAUUUACAUUUAAGUCAUUUAGCAGAUGCUCUUAUCCAGAGCGACUUACAAAUUGGAAAGUUCAUACAUAUUC